CAUUUUGCCAAUCAUAAUUUUUUACAUCAGUCUGCCCAUACCCGAAUUGUCAUGGCUGGGGCGUAAAUUAUAAAAAAGAAAAACAGCCCAGAAACAACACUAUAGAGAAAAACAAAUUGAAGAAAUUCAAAAAAUUGCAAAAACACAAACAAGGAGAAAAAUUAAAUAAAAUGCUUAUGCAGAUGGGGCGACCCAACAAGAGCGUGAAGCUCAUUAUGAAGCAUCGUGGCCAAAACGCGGACAGCAAUUACUAAGGCAACAAAACCAGUAAAAACAAUAACAGUAACAAUAAUAAUAACAACAAGUCGACCCGAGCCAAGUCAAGACAAGUCAAGCCGAAAGACAGAAGGAAGCCGGCUAACAAAGGGCCGAAUGAGCAUGAAGAAAUGAGAUAAAACCAACACCAGAUUCAGUCCCACUCCAGAGCACAAAAGCUAUCCCCAUCCUAUCCCAACUGAACCCAUUCCCCGAAUCGCCUCCUAAAUGAGAGUGAGUCCACGUCCAUUGAAAUUGAAAGUGAAUCGUGCCACACGAUCCGAUCCGAUUCAGAGUCUAGAGUUGGUUACGAGUCCACUGCGAUUGGAUCCUCCAAAUGACUAAAAUAAAACUUUAUACACACAAACCACAUAUAUAUUAUAAUGCAAUAAGAAAAACAAAACUGAGAGAUGCAGGAAAGGCAAUGCUUUUUUGUUUCAGAUCGAAAGAGAAAUACUCUAAGGGGAGUGGACAUAUGUAAUAAUUUGGUAUCAAUGUGAAAACGGCUAAAAGUCAGCGUUCUAUGCGGGAAAAACAUAAUUCUAAUUAAUUUCAACUUUAUAAACAAUGAAUAUAUGACCUUUGGCUUUCAGAAAACUGAAAUACUUCUGUAAAUUAAAAAUAACAUAUCCUUUAAAAGUUUGGUGACUUUUGUUAUGGCAUUCACAAAUGCCGCUUAUUUACCUCUUAACUCAGUAUGUUUAUAAAGAGCUCGUGGUAAAUCAUAUUAUAUUAUUAAGAACAAGUACUUUUAUGAUCAUUUUUUUAUUUUAUUAUAUGCAUUUUCCGCCAUUUUAUUUUAGUGUGCCAAAUAUUGUUAUUACAUAUUAUAUAAUUUUGAAAAUAAAAAACGGAUAGAACUACGCUAUUUCUUAGCAUAACCAGAGUGCCUACCAUAAAACCUUUUAAUUCCCUCCCUUGAAAAUAAUGGACAAUUAAAAUAAAACAUACGCUAUAACAGCUGAUGGGCAGUUUUAAAAAUAUCUACCAUGCAAACAUAUUUGGUGGCCUUGCAGAAAUGUUAUCUCCUGCCUCUGGCCUCGUUGUGAAGACAAUGUACCUUUAGAGUUUCUUAUUUUCCCCUUGAAAAUAAUCCUAGUUGCCCAAAAAAAGAUCCUCACAUAUAUACUCGUAAAAAACCACGAAAAAGAAGUAGUUAACCGAGGAGGAAAACCCAAAAGCCAAGAAAUGGUCAGCGGACGUUGCAGUCGCGGUCGCAGCCUGCGCCGCAGUUAGGAGCCGCAGCCUCAGUUCCCCCACCAGAUCAUGGCUGGCCAACUGUGGUCGGGGCUGUGGACUUGGCUCAAACAUUUCAAUUUCUUCAUGGCUAUACGUCGCUGCCGCUCUUUGCCAACUUCUCAGCCAACUGCUCGGUCGACCGAGGCAGCAGCUGAGGCAGCAGCAGCGGUCUUGGUCGUCGUCUUGAAUUUUACUUAAUUUUUAUUUCACGCGCUGCGCCGCUAUAAAAGAAACUGCAACAAUCGUUGUGGCAUGCAGUAAGAGGUUCCGCGUCGAAGCAGCACCACAACCACAGCACCAACAGCACCGAACCACCUGGAGCAGUGACAAAACCCGAAACGGAUAUAGCCGAAAAUAAAGCACUCGAAAAUGCAGUCCAGUUGUGCGUUAGUGGUCUUCUUAGCCUUGGCUGCCCUAGUGGCCGGUCGUCCCGAGCCGCCGCGUGACUCCUACAGUGCGCCCCCCUCCAGCAGCUACCAGCCAAGUGGACCCAGUGGGGGCUAUGGCGCCCCUGCGCCCCAGUACGGACCCCCCCAGCAGCCGCCGGUGGUCCAUAAGCACGUCUAUGUGCAUGUUCCGCCACCAGAGCCGGAGUACCAGGCACCCAGGAAACCCCUGUACGUGCCGCCUCCCCAGAAGCACUACAAGAUCGUGUUCAUCAAGGCGCCAUCCCCACCUGCCCCGACCGCACCCGUGAUCCCGCAGUUCCCACAGAACGAGGAGAAGACCCUAGUGUACGUGCUAGUCAAGAAGCCAGAGGAGCAGCCGGAGAUCAUCAUUCCAACACCAGCCCCGACCCAGCCCAGCAAGCCGGAGGUGUACUUCAUCCGCUACAAGACCCAGAAGGAGGAGACUGGACCCUAUCCCAACAGUGUCGCGCCUCCAGCGCCGGAAUACGGAGCUCCGGCUGCCCCGCCUGCACCCUCUGCACCCAGCAGCUCGUAUGGGGCACCAUCCCACUAAGCGACCCAAAUCAUCCAAUCCAACCCGAAUUCCGAUUUGCAAGUCUUAACCCAACUCAUGGCAAACUGCAUAUCUUUUGUGUAUUAUUUUUUGUUCUGUUUCAAAGACUUUAACGCGUGACAAAGUUUACCAAGCAACGAAAUCCCUCAUCUCCCCCAGCUCAUGUGAAUAUACCCCUAUCGAUGAGUAAUUCUUACCUCUGAAGUUGUUUCUACCCAUUGUACGAGAAGUAUGCUUCCGUCUAGGCUGUUUGUUUCAAAUUGUUUGUUUAGUUUAAGGUUAGGUCUUAACGAACGAUGCGUUAUACACUCACACAAAACACUCGAUAUACUCACUGCGAACUAGCCUUAGUUGUCGAUAGAGAUAUCGAUGCCGAUACUGAUAACCGAUAUAUACAAGAUACAUGACUUUCAUCGCAAAUGCAUUUUCAACUAGGCAAGAUAUCCAAUUCUAUAUUGCACUUUUGCACACUGUUUUCUUAACUGUAAAUAGGGAGUGCGAAACGAACGAAAAUUUAACAGAAAAUGUGAACAAAAUGAUACUCAAGUAUGUAUAUACGUUAGAAAACAAAACAUCAAUGGCUAAUAAACGUUUAACGAAAUAUCUUUA